UGGAAAGAACACCAGAUAAUGACUGCAGACGAAGAUAUGGAGGAGGACUAUAAGUGAAAACGGCAGGUACAUUGAUCCCGCAGCUGCAGUCCCUACAGCAACAGACAGCAUCCGCUCGUGGGCCAGCCCCCUCCUCCCCUCCAUCCUCUCCUCCCCUCCUUCCUCUCCUCCUCUCCGGCCGCUCAUCGCCGGUCUGCACCGGUCCGGGACACGCACCAUCACGGAAGCACCGACCGCGGAUCAACAGUCAAGUAUUAGAAAGGCGCAUCGUGCUGACUACGCUUCUCUCCGGUCGAUGUUACGAGGUUAAUGUUACACUACUCGGCUGAACGCACCGCCGUUUCUUCAAUAUUUAAAGUGAUCGCUGCGCCCGCAGCGGGGAUCCGUUCUUCCAGAGUCCCACCAAAAGGCUGUUUAUGAUUGCGCUCUCCACAUGAUAUUUGUCCGUGCGCACUUGGGCGCACGGAAGUCAUUCAAUUUCCGCUGUAGAAAGAAAAGCUGAAAACAACGGAUUCGAUUAAUCGGAUGUGAAGAGGAAGAAUGAAAUUUGCAGUGGCGGUGUGGUGGUCGAUGUGGGCUGUCAGCAGCGCUACUAUUGAGGCUCCGGGGCCCUCCCUGGCGGAGCAGGAGGGCACCCUCCUGAAGAACCUCUUUAAGGGCUACCAGAAGUGGGUGCGGCCGGUGCUGCACGCCAACGACACCAUCACCGUGCGCUUCGGCCUCAAGAUCUCCCAGCUGGUGGACGUGGAUGAGAAGAACCAGCUAAUGACCACUAAUGUCUGGCUCUGGCAGGAGUGGGUGGAUGUGAAGCUGCGUUGGAACCCCGAUGACUACGGGGGGGUCACGACCAUCAGAGUGCCUUCGGAGAGCCUCUGGCUGCCCGACAUCGUGCUCUACGAGAAUGCGGACGGCCGCUUCGUGGGCUCCCUGAUGACCAAAGCCAAGGUGCGCUCCGACGGCACCAUCACCUGGAAGCCCCCGGCCAGCUACAAGUCGUCCUGCACCAUGGACGUCACCUUCUUCCCCUUCGACCGGCAGAACUGCUCCAUGAAGUUCGGCUCGUGGACGUACGACGGCAACAUGGUGGACCUGGAGCUGGUGGACGACUACGUGGACCGCAAGGACUUCUUCGACAACGGCGAGUGGCAGAUCCUGAACGCCACGGGGAAAAAGGGGAGCCGGCGCGACGGCGUGUACUGGUACCCCUUCGUCACCUACAACUUCAUCAUGAAGCGCCUGCCCCUCUUCUACACGCUCUUCCUCAUCAUCCCCUGCCUGGGGCUGUCCUUCCUCACCGUGCUGGUGUUCUACCUGCCGUCGGACGAGGGCGAGAAGCUGUCGCUGUCCACCUCCGUGCUGGUGUCGCUCACCGUGUUCCUGCUCGUCAUCGAGGAGAUCAUCCCCUCGUCCUCCAAGGUCAUCCCGUUGAUCGGGGAGUACCUCCUCUUCAUCAUGAUCUUCGUCACCUUCUCCAUCAUCGUCACGGUCUUCGUCAUCAACGUGCACCACCGCUCCUCGGCCACCUACCACCCCAUGGCCCCCUGGGUGAAGACCCUCUUCCUUCAGAGGCUCCCCAGGAUGCUGUGCAUGAGGGGACACACCGACAGGUUCCACUACUCGGAGUUCGAGCAGCAGAACCCGGAGCCCAAGCCCCGCGGGGGUCUGGGCAUGAAGCAGAGGGGCCCGGACGGCAAGGAAGAGGAGAGCCAGGCGUGGCUGUCCAUGCUGGAGAAGGCCACCAACUCGGUGCGCUACAUCAGCCGGCACAUCAAGAAGGAGCACUUUAUCAGAGAGGUGGUCCAAGACUGGAAGUUUGUGGCUCAGGUCCUGGAUCGUAUCUUCCUCUGGGUGUUCCUGUCCGUCUCCAUCCUUGGGACCAUCCUCAUCUUCACCCCGGCCCUCACCUUGUACUUUAGCACCCCCCCCUGAGCCUGCACACACACACAGCAAGGCUACAACGCCACACACACACUCGCACAAAACCAAAUGCAUUGAAUUAAAGACCACACACACACGUCCUGAUUUCGCCGAGUCCGACGCAGCCCUGACUGAGCGAGUCCCCGGUCAACGAGAGCCAAACCUGGGGAGCGAGGGUGAGAGGCUGAUGGGGGAGGUAUUCACCGUGAGGGAGGUGAAUACCUGGGCUGACCUCGGCCCCCCAAACACUCCCCCCUACACACAAGACACCCCCGCCAAACACGCCCGUACGUUGUGCUCCGAACCCAGUGUAUCACUGAGAUCAGCGGUCCCUGCAGUGAAACUCCAGUGGAACAUGGCGCCUGACCAUAUAGUUAACCCCCCCCUCCCCAACCCUAACCUCCCCCUCCCCCCCCCCCCCUCUCGAUAUCUUACAUCAAACCUGCGUGCAUUUCGGUCUAGGAGUCGGGAGACAAAGAUACCGACUUCGGCGUCACAGUAAUCUUCGCUGGACAGAAACACAGCGAAGAUGGGUAAUUAUUGGCUGUUUGGAAGCCGAAUUGGAUGACGUUAUUAUCAGUGUCUGCGGAGGCCGUGCUGACACAGGAAAACCCCAUCGUUAUCAAUGUUUGGCUCAGGACAAAAACACACUCAAAAUCAGGAAUGCCAUUUUCGACACGUUUCUCAAUGCGUUUCACAAGGAACUCUAUAACAAAGUGAGACUCGACACACUAAUGCACUGGCUGGGCUGUGAUGUGCUCCAUAGCACUUCAUGUUUGUGGCAUGAUUGAUUGAACAGGGGAGAGCAAUAAGAGUAUUAAAUGAUUUCUUCAUAUGGGUGGUAUAUCUGUAUGAAUGUCUGAGGUGAUAUAAAUCCUUUCAAUACCGUCUAUGUGUCCACCUGAGCAAACCAGAAAACUGCACAAUCGUUAAACUGUGUAUCCAUCACGUCUUAUUGUUUAUACAUCCGCUAUAUUGUUAAGUUUGGUUUUGUUUGCUGUUUUGUUGCAACAAUCAGAAUAAAAAUGAAAGAUCUCCACUA